AUGUAUGCCAAUUCCCCCCACGCCCACGGCCUCAUGGCUGCCCCCGCCGGCUUCAACCGGUCCUUCUCCGACAUGGCCGGCUUCCAGCAGCACGCCAUGGACAAGCCCCAGAUCUACACGGCCGUCUACUCGGGCGUGUCCGUCUACGAGAUGGAGGUGAACCGCGUCGCCGUCAUGCGCCGCCGCUCCGACGGCUGGCUCAACGCUACCCAGAUCCUCAAGGUUGCCGGCGUCGACAAGGGCAAGCGCACAAAGGUGCUGGAAAAGGAGAUUCUCACCGGCGAGCAUGAGAAGGUGCAGGGCGGCUACGGAAAGUACCAGGGCACCUGGAUCAACUACCGCCGCGGACGAGAGUUCUGUCGCCAAUACGGCGUCGAAGACGUCCUGCGGCCCCUUCUCGACUACGACAUCAGCGUCGACGGCAACCAGGGUCCGGGCCACGGCAUCGAGACGCCAACCAAGGAGCAGGCCAUGGCCGCCAACCGGAAACGCUUCUACACCCAGAGCAUGGACGGCCGCACCACCAGCCAGAGCGUCGGCGGCACUUUUUUCAGCAACAUCUCGUCCACCGCCACGAGCGCCCUGGCUGCCAUGAACAAGGUCGCCCGCCUCAACUCGCCUGCCCCGCGGCCCGCCUCAGCCUCGCAGGGGCGCAGAAGUAUGGCGCGCCCGUCGCAGGGCCCACUCGCCAGCCAGGAAUCGUUUCGCACAAGCAGCCAACAGAGCCUUACCUCGGAACGCAGCUUCAGUGCGCAGAAUGGACACACCGACUCCGCCUACGGCACAGGCAUCGAGGAGCCCCAGGAGCCGCCCAGGAAACGCGCGCGAGCCUCGCACGACGAAACACUUUCCCAGCCCAACCCCGCAGACAUGUCUGUUCGUGACUUGGGCUCGCCCACCGAGCCAAGCGAGAGCUUCUAUCAGCACCAGACAGGGCAGCGCAUUACCCUUCCCGACGGCGAGGCCCCGACCGCCCUGCCGCCCCUGCCACACCCAGACACCAAGCAGAAUGAAGAGAAGCAGGCCAUGCUGACUGAUUUGUUCGCCGAUCAGACCAGGUCGGAUUUCACCAAUCACCCAGCCCUACUACAUCUGUCGGGCGCCGAUCUCGACAUGCCCAUUGACAACACGUCAAAUACGGCACUGCACUGGGCGGCCACACUAGCUCGUGUCUCGCUCAUGCGAUUAUUAGUAUCCAAAGGCGCAAACAUGUUCCGCGGAAACGCCUCUGGCCAAACCCCCUUGAUGAGCGCUGUUUCUGUCAACAACAGUCUGGAUCAUAGCUGCUUCCCGGAGACGCUUGAAAUCCUUGCGCCCCUCAUCGAGCUACGCGACUCCCAAGGCAGGACGAUUCUGCACCACAUUGCUGUCACGUGUGCCAUCAAAGGCCGCGCAGCCUCCAGCAAAUAUUACCUCGAAGCCCUUCUUGAGUAUCUUGUCCGAAGCAACAUUGGUGGUGGCCAAAUACCCUCGUUCCACGACACGACCAAUUACCCAAAACCAAUAGGCUUGAUGAGAUUUAUGCAGGAAAUGGUCAACGCACGAGACAAAGCCGGCAACACUGCGCUAAACCUGGCAGCGAGGAUAGGGAACCGCAACAUCAUCUCCCAACUGAUGGAAGUCCAGGCGGAUCCCACUAUACCAAACCACAAGGGCACAAGACCCAUCGACUUUGGUGUUGGCAAUGACCUGGGUGACGGUGAGGCUCUCAUCACAGCAACAAGCCCGAGCAAGGGCAAGGCACCGUUGAGUAAAGUCGAGGAAACUAGCCGAGAAAUCCAACCUCUCAUGAGCGGAAUCCUCCAGUCCGCGUCUAUGCAGUUUACACAGGAAGCGCGCCUGAAACAAGACGCCAUCGACCAAACAAAUGACCACAUUACCCAACUCUCCAGUCAGCAGAAGCAAGAGCAACAGAAGCUUGAAUCGCUUCGUGCUCGCUUACUUUUGCGACAAGACCGCGCCAAGCGGAUAUCGAACCUCAAGCGUUGGCUAGAGCCUCAACGACACAUGCUUUCAGUCAAUGCCGGUGCCACGGAUUUGCACGACAAGAAGAGAAUUGGCUACGCCGACGCCGAGGGUGCAGGCCUGCUCAUCAAGGAAGACGAUCUUCCCUAUGAAGUCCGACAAGCUGGAGACCAUUUGGAUCGACGCGCCUCAGACGGCGCCAUUUAUUUGUCGACUUCAAUACCUUUAGACUCCGCAACGCUUGGACGAGUGUCGAACCAGCCCCAGUACCAGAGCUUCAUUGUGCAACUACCUGCCGCUUCGGUCCUUCGGCAACGGCUCGAGACCUACACGACAACGAACAAUGCGCUCCUGAAGCGCAGUAGAAUGUUGAAAGAGAAGGACGGACAGCUAGAGAUGAUGUAUCGCAAAGUGGUCAGUCUAUGUACAAAGGUGGAGGAAUCUCGGAUCGAAGAGUGCCUUGAAGGACUAGUGGCAGCUUUGGAUAGCGAAGAAGGUGAAGGCGUCGAAGUGGGCCGUGUCAGAGAAUUUUUAAGAAAAGUCGAAGGCGUCGACUAAGCCACAUGUUGUCAAUGGUUCGCCAGCGAGCGAUUGGGAAGCCAAAGCAGUGGAAGAACUUGCGCUUAUUCGUC